AUAACAACUGUAUUGACUGCGUGUCAAUUCCUGGUCAAAUCAGCCGCCACCGAAACUGCAAUUCUUUCGCUCGCGGCCACUCUGCAACGUUGUACAUUGACACAAUCGUGAGUAGUCACUAGUAGCCAUGCCAAAGCGUAAGGCCGACGCGGCUCUUAAGAAGAAGGGAGCGGAGCAGACGGAGGACGAAGCCAAGAAGCAAAUUGCUGGCGGAGGCGAUGAGGACGAUAGCGAUGACGACGAUGACUACGAGGGGGAGGGCGGCAGCGAUGAGGGCGACGAGGGCGAGUCAGGCGACUCUGACGACGACGAAGAUGGUUCGGACGAGGACGAGCAGUCCAGCGGCGACAGCGAGGACUCGUUCCCGUCCGCCUCGUCUGACGAGGCAGAGUCGGAGGACGACGAGGACGGCGAGGCGUACAAGGAGAUUGACUGCGCCUUUGAGUUCUUCGACCCGCAGGAGCGCGACUACCACGGCCUGCGCGCGCUGCUGGGCACUUACCUGGACGGCCAGCAGUACGACCUGUCCGGGCUGUGUGAUGCCGUGAUCCGGCAGACGGCGGUGGGCACGGUGGUGAAGAGCACGGAGGAGGACGACCCCUUCGCGGUGCUGACGGCUUUCAACACGCGCUCCGGCCGCCACGUGGGCGACACCUGGCUGGCCGAGCUCAAGGCCUACCUGGCCGGCAGCUGCCCGCAGCCCGACCUCAAGGACAAGCUGGAAAAGGCCUGGUCCGGCCCCGGCACGGGUCUGCUGGUGAGCGAGCGGCUGAUCAACUGCCCGCCGCAGCUGGCGCCGCCGCUGCUGCACUUCCUCAUGGAGGAGAUUGAGGGCGCCGCCACCGACGCCGACUACCCGGAGCAGGAGCGGGCCGAGUUCGCCUUCGCCCGCUACCUGCACUUCACCCGCGUGUACUGCGACCCACAGGAGGAGGAGGAGGAGGAGGAGGAGGAGGAGGAGGCCGGUGCGGGCCCCAGCGGCUCCAUGGGCCCGCCGCCGCCAAAGAAGCCCAAGACCGCAGCCGGUGGCGGCGCGGCGGCAGGCGGCAAGGGCAAGGCCGGCCCGGCCCAGCCGGUCAUUGUGUACGUGCGGCCGGAGGACGAGUACCUGCACCAGGUGUGCAGCUGGAGCUACACCUUCCCCGUCACCUCGCGCCCCGUGGCCAAGGGCGACCUGCGGCCGCUGCGCUGCGUCAUGUGCGUGGAGGCGGGCCGCGUGGCGGAGGCACGUGCCAUGAUGGACCUGGUGGUGGGCAACCCCAUGACAGACCCGGGGGCCGCGGCGGCAGCAGGCGGCAAGCAGGGGCAGGGGCAGCAGGGGGCGGCGGCGGGCAAGCAGGGCCAGCAGGGGAAGAAGCAGGAGGCGGGGGCGGCGGGCGGGAGGCAGGGGGACAAGGGCGCGGCGGCAGGAGGCAAGGGCGCGGCUGCCGGCGUCGGCAAGGCGGCGGCAGGGCAAGGCGCGGCCGGGGGGAAGGGCAAGGGCAAGGGUGCGGGCGGCAAGGCGGGAGGCAGCGGCCGGUGAUAAUGCGGAGUUUCGUGAUGGGUGCAGUUGAGCGGCGACUUUGGUCGGCCUGCGGGUGACCCGUCACGGUGACCCGUGUGUAUGGCCAGCUUGCGCCUGCCACUGACGGACUGCCGGAGGAGGCGGGCGCUCGAGGCGCAGUGUUGCGUGGGCGGGCGCCAGGUGCCAUGGCUUCGUCGUGAUUGCUUCAACUGUAAGCUUUAAAGUUU